AUGAAAAGUAUAAACCUUGAUGAUAUCAAGGAUUUACUGAAGAAGGCGCCUGCCGAAAGACUAAUUUUGUUUUUCAAGCGCCAGUCAGAGUGGGCCGACUCGAGGGCCCCGCCACCACUUAAGCGUGACACACCUCAAUGCCAGGUAGAUCCAUCCACAAGUUUAGAACUGGUCAAGGCUGCCCUUCCGCAUUACAGAGCUGCCAUGCGCGAACUUGGCAUUGAUGAAGUCGAUAUUAUGGCAUACCUAGCUCGCUAUGACGGAGCGUCUUCUAUACCUCCGAUGGAAGAAGUGCUAGAAGGCUUCUACAACGAAAACAGAUUGAUCCGCUCCGAAUACAAGCCACUGGAUUUACAAGCAAUAACGCCCGUGGAUGCUCUUUUUCAAUGUUAUAACGGCUUGCCCACACCGAACGGACUCCAGAGAGCUAUUUUAUCGCAUAUAGUAGAUAACAUCUCUACACGCGUGCGACAUGGAUACCCUCUCAAGGGGUUGAUUGUGCUGGCUACGGGACUGGGUAAAACGUACCUAUCUAUAUUUCUGCUCGAUAGAUUCCUUUGCAGUAUAUACGGUUCAUUUCGUCACUUUCUAACCACAGAGCAGGGUGUUGUGCUAUUUGUGGUUAACAGCACCGUUAUCAAAGACCAAGCGUUUAUGAGAUACAAGGCAUACUUCUCACGACUUGCGGACCCCGGUACAGACGUGGAGAGCCUGUUCCUAAAGAUAGAGCCAGGUACCGAUAGUGUCAGACUGGAGCAGGCUCUGCUCCGUGCAAGGCUUGUUUUUGUCUUGUUCCAAUCCUUGCACACCCUGCAAAAGUAUCCACAUAUAUUCAAUAGGAUUUACUACAUAAUUGUGGACGAAGUCCAUCACAUAAUAGCGCCUAAGUAUUGCAGUAGCAUUUCUCUGCUGACCAGCCACCCGAAGCUUCGACUCCUAGUGGGCCUAACUGCUACUCUGGUGCACAGAGACGAUCCUACGGCAGAUAGAAUAAAGCAGAUCUUUGACAACAAUCUUUUUGUAGACUUGCCGUGGACAACUGCCAAGAGUCUACAAUUCUUCCCACAGGUCGAAUAUUAUGAGUAUGGACACGGAUCAUAUCAGACUCUGGUUGCUGGCCUGAGGAACAAAACGGCUUCAGUUCAGAACUUCCUCACUGCUAUACGUAAGAGUUUAGAGCGUGGUGUCACUACAGCGGGAGAGGCUGUUGUUGAUGAUAUAAUUCGUUUCAUCGCUCAUAAAAAGUGCAAACGAUCUAUUAUAUUUUUCGGAUCAAUAACAGACCUAAAUAGCUUCUACUCACUUUCUAAGAACGCUACAGACAAGCUGUGCAGACAAAGCGAGCAAGGGGAUAUUGAGUUCUUCCCAAUACACUACCAGAUCAAAAAGCAGGUGCUUGCAGAUAGAUUUGCUCGCUUCUGUUCACCGCCAUCUGAAACAGACAGGUUUGUGCUGCUCACAGUUGGCAUGGCAACAGAAGGCUUUGACUUCCAGUUCAUAGACAUGGUUGUUAUGCUCCGGAGAACAGAGUCUGAAAGGAUCUUUGUUCAGCAACUCGGGCGUGGUCUGCGGAAGUACCCUGGAAAGGACGUCGUGUACGUGCUGGACUAUGUGUACGGUCUGCGUAACCGAUGGGCUCGCUGUGCCGCUGCCGCCACUGCAGACCUCGAUGCCUUGCGGGAGGACAUUCUGUCCUUUUGGCCGGUGACAACACUGGCACCCCCGUAUCUUCCCCUUCAAGGGGUGCACACCUCCCAAGACACCGACUCCAUUAGCGUACUGGAUUGA